AUGUUCUCUUUCCAGGUGGACAGGAUGUCUUUCCCCUGUGGCUGCUCUCGGGAUGGCUGUAGGAACUCGGCGGGCCGCAUCGAGUUCAAUCCGCUGCGCGUACGAACACACUACCUGCACACCAUCAUGAAGCUGGACCUGGAGAAGGGGAGGCUGCUGGGGCAGAGGGCAGGGCUUGGGGAGCAGUAUGAAGAGUCUGACCCCUCCUCCACCAGGCCUCCCUCCCCAGACCUUCACCUGUCCACAGGGGCCCAUGGCCUGGACUCUGAGUUAGAGGCAGAGGAGAGAGAGGUCCAGAUGGUCCUAGAGGCUCGGGACCUCCUGACUGAGCAGGCCUGCCUGGAGCGGGAGAACGAAAUCGCCGUGCUCCACCUGCAAAGUGCAGAGGAGCAGGAGAGGAUGAGGGAGGAAGAGGAAGAGGAGGAGGUGCAGCGGGGCAGGGGGGGAGUAGGAAGCAUGGGGGAGCAGUCUCUGUGCCUCCUACCUGGGGCCCUGCAGGGGGAGCUGUCUGGGGAGACAGGGGUGGGGGUCGGGAUAGAGGGGGUCCCUAUCUCCCUCCUCCAGGGCCCGUUCCCCACUGGGGCUACCCUGCUCUGCAUCACAGAGAACCAGGAGGGAGAUGGGGAGGGGGAAGGGGACAACCCCCAUGGUGGCCUCAAAGAUCCGGCCUCGUCCCUGCUCUACUACCAGUUAGGUCCCAUGGAGAACGAGCCGUUUGAGGAGUCUCAGCCUGGGGAGGAGGAGGAGCAGGAGUGUGUGGAUAAAGAACCAGAGGGAGGAGAGCAGCGAGAGAGGGAUGAGCAUAGAGGUAUUACCUGCGGGCAGGUUGAGGGCGAGUUUUUGCCCCCGGUGGCUCUGUGCUCAGAGAAUGGCUUGGGGGCUGAGGAGGCUAAGGAGGUACCAUUCAGCCCCCAGCAGAGUACCUCAGAAGGGCAGUGUCAGGAAGUGGCCUGCCUGGCCACUGAAGGAGAGAUAUACCCACCACUGCCCCCUGAGGUUUAG